GACAGCUGCACAGCAAAAUAAAGCAGCUGAACUAUACGACAAAACAAGGCGACUUUUCCCGUUAAUCAUCCACCUCUACGGGUAGACUCCCUUGUUUGCGGCCGAACAGUGAUGUUUUAGUCGUCCGAGGGCUGCCUGCGCGCGGACAUGAUGGAGGACGGCGUGUCCGAGACGCUGAAGGAGCGUGUCUACUACGCAGCACGCGACGGUCUCGCCAUAACCCUUUACGCUCUGCUCGCUCAGGCCUCCAACCCCGAGAAGCUGUUGGCGGAGGUGUGUUAUGUGGAGGAAGAUGGGCAGAGUUGUACACCGUUAAUCAUCGCCUCUAGACAUGGUCAUGAAAAGGUGGUCAAAAUGAUCAUGGGGAACUUCAAGGCUGUGGACAUUGAGCAGGAAGGCGUCGUAAAAUUUGAUGGUUACAUGAUUGAAGGAGCCAGUGCCUUAUGGUGCGCCGCAGGUGCGGGUCACUUGCACGUGGUGAAGGCGUUGGUGAAAUUUGGGGCCAACGUGAACCACCUGACGCGGACCAACUCGACGCCGCUGCGGGCAGCUUGCUUCGAUGGCCGGCUGGACAUAGUAAAGUACCUGACGGAGCAUGACGCUGACAUCAACAUCGCCAACAAGUACAACAACACUUGCCUGAUGAUCGCCGCCUACAAGGGACACAACGACAUUGUCUCGUUCCUGCUUGAACGCGGCGCCAACCCCAACGAGAAGGCGCACUGCGGCGCCACUGCCCUGCAUUUUGCCGCCGAAUGCGGCCACACAACCAUCGUCAAGGAACUGCUCGAGUACGGCUGCCAGAUCACCAAAAAUGAGAGUGGGAUGACGCCGCUCAUUAUUGCCGCUGAACGUACGAGGCAUGAAGUCGUUGAAUAUCUUAUUUCCAGGCCAGAGGUUACUCGAGAGGAGCGGAUCGAUGCUGUAGAGUUGCUUGGCGCCUCCUUUGCUAACGACAAGGACAAUUACGACCUGGAAAAGACAUACCACUACCUACGCAGGUCGAUGGUGAUGCGGCAUGAGGAUCCGGUGAUCCCAAAGCCACACUCAGAGCCAAUCCGCGCCUACGACUCGUGGGUUGAGUGCGGCACGCUGGAGGAGCUCGACGCCAUCCAGCACCUAUCAAAUUCGCUUCACAUGGAGAGUCUUGCCAUUCGCGAGCGCAUCCUUGGGCCCAACAACCCCGAGGUUCCUCACCCAGUCAUUUACAGAGGAGCCGUCUUCGCGGACAACGCCAGGUUCGACAGGUGCAUUGACCUCUGGCUCCACGCUCUCCAGUUGAGGCAGAACAACAAAGUGUCUGUCGUCAAGGAUCUGCUUAGAUUUGCGCAGGUCUUUUCUCAAAUGAUCCACGUUGGGGUAGAUUUAAGUUUCAACUACCUUGAAUUGGUCUUAGCUGCCACUGUUUUGGAGCUGGAGAGAAACAAGGAUAAAAUCGCAAAUCCUGGUCCCAAAGAUGACGUUGAGCUAAUUAAGGAAGAGCAAGAGAGCAACCUGAUGACUGCACUCUACCUGCUGGUGCUGGUCACGCAGCUGAGCAAAAACAUGGAUGCAGAUCUCGUCUUCAACACCAAGAAACUCGUCUUCCAGCUGAAUAAGCUCAAAAUCACACUGAGGGACGGCCAGACGCUACUGCAUUUGGCUGUUAACGCCGAAACUCCUGUCGAUGACUUUCAUACCAACGAUAUUUGCAAAUUCCCCAACGCGGAAACGGCUGCCAUGCUAAUUGAGUGUGGGGCUGAUGUGAAUAAAAUGGACAACGCUAGAAAUACGCCGUUACACCUAAUAGUUGGCUACCAGAAGCCCAUCAGUGACUUCUUGACGCUCCACUCCAUCAUUGUCGGUUUGACAGAAGCUGGAGCUCACCAAGACACGGUCAAUGAGAAGGGAGAAACGCCAUUUGAUGCUGCUACAACAGGUGUUGCUGAGAUCAUCUUGAGGGCGCAGAGCAAGCUGAGUCUGAAGUGCAUUGCUGCCAAAGCUGUGAAAGCGUACAACUUAGACUACAGGGGCCGCGUGCCAAAGUGCCUGGAAGGGUUCAUCGAGCUACAUGGGCCAGUUUUGCGCAGCGAGGCGCGGGCCAGUCGGCAAGGGGCCAGUGCCCAGAGGUUCGCCAACCAACAACGCGAGCAUGAAAACAACGCGGGCGGGAUGCAGGCCAUCUGAAAACGCUGUUGAAGAAAAUGAAAUGAAUCGAUGAUGCUUCCCCCAAACUCACUGCCUGCCUUUAUUUUGUCAGUAGAGACGAAAAGGGGGAAAAUGGAAUACGACUAGUAUGGGUUGCAAUCUCAUUACGUUGGUUGUGUUUGAAUCUUUUUGUUAACAAAAGUGGCUGAAUUAGCCUUGAUUAUUGUUUCAAUCAUGUAUUUGUGUAUGCAUAAGGGAUCUCUAAUGGUAAUGUUUCUACAGCAAAGACUUCAACUGUGGGUCUAGGAUGUGAUUAAACACUAAUAUACAAACUGUGUGUUUUUUUUUAACAAUUCGCAAGGCCCAAAGACUAUACUCUUUUAGCUUUUUUCAUUUGUGAAUUACAUUGUUAACACCUCAAUCGGUGCUGUAAAUGAAAUAUCAGUGUCAGUGUUUUUUGUAUCAGCGAAGGCCUCCCUGGAAUUUCAAAUGUUUAACCUGGGCUGGUCAGCUUUUGUCACAAAAUACACAAUCUGAAUUUUUUUAAAUAUGAAAA